AUGGCUGAAGUGCCCAUGGCACCCAAUGUGACACUCAUAUUUGGGCCAAUGCUUAUCGGGGUAUUCUUCAACAUGAUCCUCUACGGCAUAUUGAUCGUUCAGACCUAUCAUUAUUAUUUAUCGUAUAAGGGGGACGUCCAUUGGAUAAGAUGUCUCGUAAGCGAGGUUCUCUACCUGUUUGUCAUAGAGACCGUUAAUACUGGAUGCGACAUGGCGAUGAUGUAUCAAACGCUUAUCAAUAACUUUGGAAAGGCAGACACCACAAAGUUUUUCCCAACCUUAUUGGCCGCAGAACCAAUCACGAUAGUGCGUCCGUCUCGCGUGGGUCGCACGAUGGGAAUAACGAUACAGCUACAGGUUGUGAUCUCGACGCCAAUCCAACUCUUCUUUGCCUACCGCAUCCGACUCUUGUCUAAGAGCAACUUGCUUGGGGGUAUCAUUGCCUUCUUCGCGACUGUCUCUCUGGGGGGCGGAGCAUGGUCGACUGUCCGUAUCGUGAAGACCAAAGUAUUUGCUCACAAACCCGAACUCCAUUUGCCUGCGUUGGUUUGGCUCUUGUCGGCCGUUGUAUCGGACGUAAUGAUAACGGUGGUGCUUGUCAUAACGCUUAAUAAACGGAGAACUGGCUUCAUUGCUACCGACGACGCUAUCGCAAAAAUUAUUCGAAUGACUGUUCAGACAGGCCUGUUGACCUCUCUGUUUGCGAUUGGCGAUGUCAUUUUUUUCAUGACUCUUCCUCACACCGCCGUAAACUUUGUUUGGGAUUUAGCAUUAACGAAACUCUACUCCAAUUGUUUAUUAUCCACACUCAACACUCGCGCCGAACUCAAAGAAUCGUCGGGUCCCAGACAGCUGUCUUUGAGCGGCAACGUUGGAAUGGACAUGCGAGAAUUCAAUCUUCCGACGCAAGCCUCUCCGCCAUUCUAUGAACUCAAUACACCAAAAAGUUCCGAAGGGUAUCAAACUCGCACCCCAGACCUUGAAUACGGCAUUACAGUAACAACAGUCGUUGAGACAAAGGGAGAUACGAACUCGUCAUGUAGCGCAUAG